GGACUGUAGCACAGGACCCUGCCCCUCAGCUGCUCUCUCCUGCCCGGAGGCCGUCUGGUAAAUGGAUGAAGAUGAGGAAAUGGAGCAGCUUAGAUUGGGUGUCAGGCCAAAGGGAGGGCAGUUCUCUCCUCCCCAAGGAAAUACUGCUCUGCUGAGAAAACCCCAGUCACCCUGGCAUGCCCUGAGCCCAGCCCUGGAAGCAGCCAGCCCUUUAUUGGCAUGGGGCUGCUCCCUGUUAACACACCCUCUCCCUCCUUCCCCCAUACCUGUGGGCUCUGCUAAUGAGGGCCUGUCCCCGGGCUGAGUCACCCAUUACCAACAGGCCUCCUCUUCCUCCACAAUCUGAGUGCUCCCCGCGCCUGCACUCAGCUAACUCACACCUCCCUGGGCGCCUCUGCCCCAGGCACACUGGGGCCUGGGGAGCUCCGCCUGCUGCUUCGGCCCAGGGUGGUGGGGGGACAGUGUGCUGACGGACAAGGCAGGGCUGCCCCAGACGAGUCCCCAGAGGAAUCUUUGGCUCCCCAGUGGCCCUGGGGUGUUGGCCACGGCUGCCCCAACUCCUGCACGCGGAUGCUGCAAUUACCGGAGCACGAAACCCGGCUUCCACCUGACUGAGUCAGCUGAGAACAACAACACACCUCCACGCACGGCACAGCCAGCAGGGCACAGGGCACUCGUCCGCGCCGGAGCCACGGAGCCACGGAGCCACGGCAGGCAGGGCCGGGAGAGGGGGAGCUGGGCCUGAGGAGCUGGCGCAGAGGCCGCUCCUACCACCUGAGAAGACUCACCCCUCACCCCUGGCGCUCCUCACUCCGGCUCCAGUAAGUGCUGCUUCCUCCCCUCGGGGUUUUUCCACUGCCCUAUCGAGUAACCGAAGUAACCGAGCAACGGGGCCACUCCUGUGCCUCCGGGAGACUCCCGGAGCCCGCAGCUCGCGGCCUAAGCUAGCCUCUUCCGGGUCAUCGUCUCACCCGGUGCGGCCUGAGGUCUGCGCGGGGCAGAAAGCUGGAGGCCUGUGCUGGGAGCCCACGUGCUGCCUCCCAUUCGCCACGCACGGCUCUGGCAGAGACAGGUGGCCCCUGGCCACUGCUGACCUGGACCCCUGAGGGGUGCUGGCUCCUACUGCCCCAUGGAGACCUGGCGGAAAGGCUCCUUCCGCAACGCCGCCUUCUUCAAGCGGCUGAGCCUGCGGCCUCGGGCGCUGCGGCGGCAGGGCAGCGUGCUGAGCCAGGCCAGUGCGGCCGGCGGGGACCACGAGGAGUACAGCAACAGAGAGGUCGUCCGGGAGCUCCGAGGGAGGCCGGAUGGCCGGCGCCUGCCGCUGUGGGGGGACGAGCAGCCCCGGACCACCCUCCUGGCCCCGCCCAAGCCCCCUCGCCUCUACCGAGAGAGCUCCAGCUGCCCCAACAUCCUGGAGCCCUCCCCCGCCUACGCCGCGGCCUACUCGGCCACCCUGCCCUCGGCGCUCUCCCUGGCGGACGCCCUGCACGAGUGCUCCGAGGAGGACCUGGCGGACACGCCCCCCUGCCAGCAGACGCCUGCUCCGGACCCCACUGACCCCUUCUUCUCCUUCAAAGUGGACCUGGGGGUCUCUCUGCUCGAGGAGGUUCUGCAGAUGCUGAGGGAGCAGUUUCCCAGGGAGCCCGGCUUCUGACGGGGGUGAGGUGUGCAGAGUGUGUAACUGGAGGAGAGGAAAGCCUGGGACCCAGGAAAGGAAGGUAGAGUUGUGGGUUGAGAAAAAGGUGCGGCUGGGAAUCCAGGACUCUGCCUGCCCUCCGGGUCCUCAACAGUCCCCCGGCCCCCGGAGUGGAGGGACGGGAGUGGAGGCAAGCUGGAAAUGUGAAGGGGCACUUGCUGUCAGGAGCCCUGAAGGCAGCAGCGAGGCUGGGAAAGAGGCCACACGGCAACUCCAGGGGCUGGGCAGAGGCGGCAGAGGGGUGGGUGGCACAAGGGGCGGGUCAGAGAGUGGAGGACACACAGACUGGACAGUCUACCCUCUGAAGCUACUCUCCACAGCGAGAGGUUACAGGUCAGGUCAAGGCAAAAGUGGUCCGAAUCAGACCCAAGGGCAAAGUGGGAAGACCCGAGGGGAGAGGAUGAGACAGGCUUGACUCUGCCCAGUGUAUUAAUAGUAGCCACUAGCUACAUGUGGCUGCUAACAUUUAAAUAAUUGAAACUAAGUAAAAUUAAAAAUUUAGUCCCUCAGCUGCACUAGCUGCAUUUCAAAUGCUCAAUCGCCACAUGACCAGCGGCUACCACACUGCACAGUGCAGGGCGAACUUCAUUAGCAUCACUGGGGAAGGUCCUCUGGGUCGUUAACAGGACCGCAGAGCCUGACUGCGGCCUUGAGGAGCAGUGCAUGGGGGAGGGGAGCACAGGGCCUGCACAGGAAGGGCGGGGCUGGCAGAGGAGGAAGAGGGAGGCAUGGAGACACACACAUCAUUAGCAGGAGAGGGGGCAUGAGAGACUCCAGCUGCCAACACAGCUGCCUGCAGCAGUCCCUGGGGCCCGAGGAACAGAUCCAGGGGCUGCCAGCUGAAGGCACAGACAGCGUGAGAAGGGCUGCGUGGGAACUGUUGCUGAUGGAGCCCUUGGGAAAUGCAGCAACAACAGUGGCAGAUUUUGCUUCAUCCUUCCCCCAACGAGAACACAGGAGGGCCAGACCAGGGAUGGACACGGAACUCAUGGCCGCUAUCAUGAAGAGGCACGGCUAGUCUCCAUCCUCCUCCAGGAUGGGGAGCUCUGCCUGGACCCUCACCGAUGGGCCUGCCGCCCGGGGCUAAGGCCGCUGGUAAGGCCGAUGCUGUGCUAUUGCCCCCACUGCGGCGUGGCCAGAGACUUGAAACUAGAGCUCAGGAAGGCUGGGCCACGGGUUCUGAGCUCCAGGUGUGGAGAGAGAAGGCGGCUUCGGCACACACUGCUUCCACCCAAACCUGUGGCCCGUCUCCCCUCCUCCUGUGGGUGUGCCCAGAGGCCGCUCCCCGGAGGCAGUAAAUAAAGUUCUCUAU